GUCCGCUGUGUUACUGGGGAGUGUUUUCCUGCUCUCCUUCUCCUUGCUCUCCUUCGCUCGGCCGCUCAUUGAACUUUCUACAUCAUGGCGUCGUUUUUGGAAAACGCGUACAGCUUGGUCCACAUGGACAAUGCUGCUGAUCAGCCCUCCCAGCAGGAGCUGAAGUUGCAGUUGGAAAAGGGUACCGAUGAGACCAAGUUGGACACUAUGAGGAGGAUUAUCACAAUCAUGCUCAAUGGAGACCCGAUGCCACAGUUGCUAAUGCAUAUUAUUCGCUUCGUCAUGCCGUCCAAGAGCAAACCUCUUAAGAAACUACUAUACUUCUACUACGAGAUUUGCCCGAAACACGACUCAAAUGGCAAGCUGAAGCAGGAAAUGAUCCUGGUGUGCAAUGGCAUUCGUAACGAUCUUCAGCAUCCCAACGAAUACGUGCGGGGCAACACCCUGCGAUUCCUCUGCAAGCUCCGAGAACCAGAACUCAUUGAACCUCUCCUUUCUUCCGCACGUUCAUGCUUGGACCACCGACACGCGUAUGUCAGAAAGAGCGCCGUAUGGGCCAUUUCGUCUAUCUUCCAACAUUCGGAGUCCCUCAUCCCAGAUGCGCCAGAGCUCAUCCAAACAUUCCUUGAAACUGAAUCUGAUGGCACAUGCAAGCGCAACGCAUUUGCGGCCCUCAUGUCUAUAAGCCACCAGAAGGCUCUUGAGUACCUGGCUUCCACCUUCGACAGCAUUCCAAACACAGACGAAUUGCUCCAACUCGCGGAGCUUGAAUUCAUCAGAAAGGAUGCUGUGCAGAACUCGCAGAAUAAGGCGAGAUACCUGCGCCUUAUUUUCGAUCUCCUCGACGCGUCCACGAGUACUGUGGUAUACGAAGCUGCCACAUCUCUUACAGCACUUACAAGUAACCCGGUCGCCGUCAAAGCCGCUGCAGGGAAAUUGAUCGAGUUGAGCAUUAAAGAGGCCGACAACAACGUUAAGCUGAUUGUCCUGGAUCGUGUCGACCAAUUACGGAUUCGCAAUGAGGGUGUUCUCGAUGACCUCACAAUGGAAAUCCUCCGGGUUCUCUCUAGCCCUGACAUCGAUGUGCGACGGAAAGCUCUUGGAAUUGCCUUAGAGAUGGUCUCAAGUAAGAAUGUUGAGGAAAUUGUGAUGCUUCUGAAGAAGGAGCUUUCCAAGACUGUGGACGAACAAUAUGAGAAGAAUAGCGAAUACCGACAACUCCUCAUCCAAUCAAUCCACAACUGCGCCAUAAAAUUCUCAGAGAUUGCCGCUAGUGUUGUCGAUUUGCUAAUGGACUUCAUCGCCGACUUCAACAACAAUUCCGCUGUUGACGUUAUUUCAUUUGUCAAAGAAGUUGUCGAGAAAUUCCCCAAGCUUCGUCCGUCUAUCGUGAACCGCUUGGUCUCAACCCUGAGCGAGGUCCGGGCAGGAAAGGUUUACCGUGGAGUUCUGUGGGUUGUUGGUGAGUAUUCGCUUGAGGAAAGUGACAUUCGUGAGGCUUGGAAGAAGAUUAGAGCAAGCCUUGGAGAGAUUCCCAUUCUGGCUUCAGAACAGCGGCUCCUUGAAGAAGUACCUGAGGAUACUCUGCCUAAGGAACAGAUCAAUGGCCACGGCAAGUCGGCCCCAAAGGUUCUGGCGGACGGUACUUAUGCGACCGAAAGUGCCCUAACCAGUCAGUCCGCGGCUGCUGCUCGUCUACAAGCGGUCAAGGCGGCCCAGAAACCCCCUCUGCGUCAACUUAUUUUGGACGGCGAUUACUAUCUUGCUACUGUUCUUUCUUCAACAUUGACCAAGUUGGUAAUGCGACAUUCCGAAGUCUCGGAGGAUUCUGCUCGGACCAAUGCUCUGCGCGCUGAAGCCAUGUUGAUCAUGAUCUCCAUUAUCCGCGUGGGUCAAUCGCCAUUCGUCGCCGCUCCGAUUGACGAGGAUUCCGUUGACCGUAUUAUGACCUGUGUCCGUUCCCUUGCUGAAUUCUCUGAAAGAAAGGAGCUGGAGACAACUUUCCUUGAAGACACGCGCAAGGCCUUCAGGGCCAUGGUUCAGGUCGAAGACAAGAAACGGGCCGCAAAGGAAGCUGUGGAGAAGGCUAAGACUGCCGUUCAGAUUGAUGAUGCUAUCCCGAUCCGCCAAUUCGCCAAAAAAUCUGCCCUAGAAGGGGCGGAGGAGAUUGAGCUCGAUUUGGCCAAGGCUACAGGUGGUGACUCCGCGGUAGAAACCGUUUCGUCGAAGCUGAGCCGUGUCGUACAACUUACUGGUUUCUCGGAUCCUGUCUACGCAGAAGCCUAUGUUACGGUGCAUCAAUUUGAUAUUGUCCUGGACGUCCUCUUGGUCAAUCAGACCCUGGAGACUCUACAGAAUCUGUCUGUUGAAUUCGCCACAUUGGGAGAUUUGAAGGUUGUAGAACGGCCGACUACCCACAACCUCGGCCCUCGUGACUUCUUGAACGUGCAGGCUACAGUCAAGGUGUCAUCAACAGAUACCGGAGUUAUCUUCGGUAACAUCGUGUACGAUGGUGCUAGCUCAACAGAAACUCAUGUUGUCAUCCUUAAUGAUAUUCACGCCGAUAUAAUGGAUUACAUCCAGCCCGCCCACUGCACCGAGACCCAGUUCCGCACAAUGUGGACCGAGUUCGAAUGGGAGAACAAGGUUAACAUUAACUCCAAGGCCAAGAGCCUGCGUGACUUCCUCAAGCAGCUCAUGGAGAGCACUAAUAUGGCUUGCCUUACGCCUGAGGCGUCGCUCACCGGCGAUUGCCGGUUCCUCAGUGCUAACCUCUACGCCCGAAGUGUAUUUGGUGAGGAUGCUCUAGCGAACUUGAGUAUAGAGAAGGAAGGAGAGGAUGGGCCGGUUACUGGUUUCGUCCGGAUAAGAAGCCGUUCCCAAGGGCUAGCGCUCAGCCUGGGCUCGCUGAAGGGUCUGAAAGCCUCUGCGGCGUGA